AUGGAUGAAGCUUUGAGUGUGAUGAAUACAAUCAGGACUUAUGAAAGAGCUUCUGGACAAUUAGUUAACUUAGAUAAGUCAGAGGUCAUGUUUAGCCAAAAUGUGCCAGAUAACCAGAAAGUUAUGAUCCGUGAGAGGAUGUGUGUUAAGGCUGUUGCGACUCAUGACAAAUAUCUGGGUUUACCUACCAUCAUUGGAAAGUCCAAGAAGCAAGUCUUUGAAAGGGUACAGGAAAGGAUGUGGAAAAAGCUCAAAGGUUGGAAGGAGCAAACUUUAUCUAGAGCGGGCAAGGAGGUUCUGCUAAAAUCAGUUGCUCAAGCGAUUCCUACAUAUAUUAUGAGUUGCUUCAGAUUGCCAGUAGGGGUGUGCCAGAAAAUGGAGACAAUGUGUGCAAAAUUUUGGUGGGGCCAACGGGAAAAUGAAAGGAAAAUCCACUGGAAUAGCUGGAGGAAUUUGUGCAAACCCAAAUCACAAGGGGGACUUGGCUUCCGGAAUAUAGAAGACUUCAAUACAGCACUUCUGGGUAAGCAGUACUGGAGGAUCCUUUCAAAUCCUGAGUCGUUGCUAGCACGCAUGUGGAAAGCUAGGUACUUCCCUAGGACAUCUAUCCUGGAGGCUUCUUUGGGACACAACCCAAGUUACUCUUGGCGUAGUGUAUGGGGGGUACAUAAGGAGAUGAAGGAGGGGUUGAAGUGGAUAGUUGGUGAUGGAAGGGAGAUUAAAAUUUGGGGUGAUGCUUGA